GGGGCUGGUUACCACUGCUGUAAAGAGUGCCUUCUGCUGUUUGCCCGCAGGCCUGAUGUUGUCUCCACCACUCUCAGCACAGUGGUUUGCCCAGCCGGCUCCGCUGGUUCCUGCAGGGGAUGCCGUCGCCGUCGGGUGCGACAUUCCGAAUUCCAAAGGGGCCGCCGCCGUUUCACCGAACGCUGCUGCUCCCCUUUCACCCGGGGUCGGAUUUCACCCCGAGGCAGCGCAGGGCGGUCCCGUUCCGACAGGCCAUUGCUCGGUAUCUCGUGUUUUAGAUGAGGCAGUUCCUGAGAAGGAUGAGGUAGAUCUCAGAAACCUCUCUCCUAUCAAAGAGGAAGGCCCUGAGGUGGGUGAAGACCUCUGUCCCAUCACUCCUUUUGGGAUAAGGAGAAAGCCUCCAGCCAACCCUGAGGAGAGACCCAUUCGACCUGCAGUCGGAGUGCGGCAGAAAACCUUUGAGGAAUUUCUUGAAGAACAGCUGAAAGCGGAUCAAGACAUUCUGCAAAAAGAAAAACAGGAAAGGAAAGAGGUACAAGCGCUGGAAAGUAAGUAUUUCCUGAGGAAAGGAGAAGGAAUGUUCCGGACUGAGAAAAGCAGGGACGACCUUCAGAGGGGCCAGAGGCGAGCAUCCCUCGUCCCUCCCCCCAGGAGAGUGAGUCUCUCGGGCCGGGAGAGACGUCUGUCGGCACCCUGUCUGCACAACGUGGAGGAGGGGGAGGUGGACGGAAACCCCCCUCCCGGUCAGGCGAGGGGUAGCCCGGCCCCGCUGAUGACGGCCGACGGGUCAAGCGAACGAAUCGGAGCAGACCUCGCUCCUCAACCGGAGAGCGAUGUCAAACUUGAGGUAACGCCGCAGAGCAAUUCCGCAGAAAGCAUUGUUCUGAACUAUAGUGCAACGGAGGCUCCUCCUCCUACGAAAAUACCUGAUGACGUGGGGUUGCACCGACGCCUGUGUGUGGCUGAAAGGGACUGCACCGGCACUACUCAAAGGCCAGGGGGCACUAAUGAGUCACAGAGGUCGCAGUCCUUUGACCUGUCUGACAGGGAGUGGGUUUCCUCCAGAGGCCGGCAUCAUUCUAAGGACAGUCCUCACGUUGGCCCGUUGAGACCAAGCGUCGGGUUCAAAAAAGUCAACGACCACAUUGUAAGGAUUUCUGCAGAAUCAAGCCUUGCGACAGUUUGCAGGGAUGAGAUGAGUGACACCCAGGGUGGUUGGGAGGGGAGGGGCCUGGCCACAGAGACCAAUGGGGGUCCUCCUCGGUCUCCGCCCCCGAGUAGCUCCGGCAGCGAGGCGGACCCCGUGCGCCAACCCCGCGAGCUGGCUGCCUUCCAGGCCCCGCCUACGCCGGGACACAAGGACCAGAACCUGGACCUGUCUGAGGAUGACUACGCCAGCGAUGCCCCUAGCGAGGCAGAAGGGCCCCGGGGCCCCAGCGGCCCUCACGGCCCCGCCCUCCUCCAGAAGCUUCUCAGCAGCAGCAGCAGCAGCAGCUCCAGCAGCGACGAAGAGGAGCUUGUGGCCUUACACGGGCGGACAGCAGCGGCUCGGCCGCCGCACGCUAAGAAUUCUGGGAAAGCCGCCGUGGAGAGGAGAGCCCGUACGCGGCAGGCCCCUGCCAGACGUGGAGCCAAGGGGAAGCCGAAUCCCCCUCCCACCGCAGAGCUCGUACCGAGCCCGUUCCCCGUUGCAAAGACCGAAAUCAAAGAACCGGCUCACAGCGCACGCUGUGAUAGGUCACUGGGUUCCGGGGACAGCCAGUGUGGAAAUGAAUCCAUGUUGAUGUUGAGACAUGAGAAGGACCCUAUCCUGAGAGUCAAAGCAGAAAUGGACCAUGCUGCAGUACUGGAAAAAAUGAAAGAAGAACAAAGCAAAGCUUUGCAGUUUCUCAGGGAGAAAAUGGAUAGAUCUGAGUAUGAAAAAAGAGAUGACCUCAGUGAACGUGGACACACAUGCGCUCUCAAUGAAAGUCAGGUUUCAAGGAAAGAACCAGUAAUCCCUAAUAUGGAUUUACAGGAGCUGAGGCUGCAGAUGCUGGCCCUGCAGGAGCAGUUCAAGCAGAGGGAGUCCCACUGGCAGCUGACUCACGAGCGGCUGCGGGACCAGCUGGAGGCCGUGACCAGAGAGAAUGCGGAGCUGAGAAGAGAGUGCACUGUUUCUGGAGCACACCACCAAGAGGCCCGGAGGACUAACGACAUGCUGCCCAGGCCUCACAGCAGAACAGAGACCAUGCUGUCUGAAGCCGUAGUUUCGGGCACCUGUCAGGUGAAGAGGGAGGAGAGGACUUCCGCCCGCCCCAGUCGCAGCUGCACCCCUGUCGGAAGAAAGUUGCGGGUCGACAGUUCGCCAUCAGCAAAGCCUGAGGGCCAGAGGAGAGAGCGAAGGGAAUCUGUGGGAUCAGUGCCCGGGGCUUUAUCUGACAAAGGUCCACCCGCUCCCCGCACCCGAAGUAGCACGCCGGUGUUCAACAGACCUCCCAUCCAGAAGAGGGCAGCGCCCAUUUCCACUAACUCAAGGACAAAGGGACCUGCAUCACCUUCCACAAGACAGCAGUCCUCCAAUUUUGGAAGCUCUCAGGAUACUGAGACACCCUGCAGUCCUGAGAGACCCUCUUCCAAACAGCACAGCAGCCGUAAAGAAAAGGGCGUGUCCGGGCAAGGGGAGCACCCACCAAUGCCGAGGGCUGACAGGUGCCAGAGCUCCGCCCACAGCGGCAGACGCACGCCAACAGCGAGGAGAUCGGCAUCCUCAGAGCCUGAACACAGGGAAACCAGACACAAUCCUGACGCACCGAGGUUGUCAGCUUCAAACGUGGCGCACAAGGGGCCUGACGAUGAGUUGAGGGAGGAAAUACGUUAUCCAGAUGGCAAGAUAGAGCGGCUUUUCGCAAACGGCCGUCGCACCGUCGUAUUCCGUAACGGAACAAAAAAGGAGAUCUCUGCAGACGGGAAGUCGAUCACGGUCACGUUCUUCAAUGGCGACGUCAAGCAGAUUCUGGCUGACGAGAAGGAGGUUUACUAUUACGCUGAUGCACAGGCGACCCACACCACUUACCCAGAUGGUCUUGAGGUCCUAAAAUUUCCAAACAACCAGAUUGAGAAACAUCACCCCAAUGGCACAAGCGAGAUCAUUUUCCCAGAUCAGACCGUCAAGUAUGUCUACCCCGAUGGCCGCGAGGAGAGUGUCUUUCCUGACGGAACCAUAGUGAAGCUUGCCAGGAACGGGGAAAAGACAUUAGAGUUCAGCAAUGGACAACGGGAGAUCCACACUUCGCAGUACAAGAGAAGAGAAUAUCCAGACGGGACUGUGAAGACAGUCUAUUCAAACGGAAGACAGGAGACCAAGUAUUCUUCAGGAAGGGUACGCAUUAAGGACAACGAUGGCACAAUGAUCAUGGACAAGAACUAAGUGAAGAGACAUCAGUUUUGAUGUCCGGUGUGUGCUUUUUUUUCAGAAAUUUCCAAUUAUGUUUGUUUUUCAGACCUAAUCAAUUGAACAAUUUCAGAAUGUGGCUUUAUUUAUUGUAGGUCUUGUGCAUUUUGUAUUUUUUUGAAA